UUAAAAGAAAGAUGACACCUUCAAAGUCUCAUUUUGUUGCUCUUCUCUUGAUCAUUUUUCUGAUUGUUAAUGUCCAAUCUGCUAGAAUUAUGGAUGAAUCAAGCGAUUGUGUAUUCAAAGGACCAUGUCAAAAGAGGUCUGAUUGUUAUGAAAGAUGUGGAGUGAAAUCACGUUCGCUUAGUGUUUUAUGUGUACCUUUCGGAAGACAGGGACUUACAUGUUGUUGUCUCUAGUAAUAUGUAACUUAAUAUGAUUAAAAUAUAGACAUAUGCUUAAUACGGUUUAA